UUGAAAAUCCCAACGGAUGAACACACGGGAUGGACAAAAUAUCAACUGAAAAAUAAUCUAAUAUCUGUCUUAAUCAUUGUGUUAGUUAACUGGUUUACCCUGUCUUCAAAACAUGGAUCUUGGAGGUCUAAAAGUUGGUGUUAAUGUGGAUAUUCAACGCACUGACGGGCGUAUUCACUCUGCAGUGAUAAGCGGGGUGAAUCUCGAGUCCCGCAGUGUUACUGUUGAAUGGUUUGAGAAAGGAGAAACAAAGGGAAAAGAGAUUGAAGUGGAAGCAAUCUUUGCCUUAAAUCCGCACGUUGUCACAAGUGCGCCAAAGCCAAGGGAAUCUCAGUCUGUGAAAGAAGACCCCGAAGAAGAACCUGACCAGGAUCCUGAUGAUGAGGACGAGGAUGAAGAUGAACCUAGUACUAGUGAUAACAAUAAUGCUGAGCAGGACCCCCAGGCCCAGCAGGGGCUGCCCCCCACUGCUAGCUCCCGCCUUGCUCAGCCCAGUAAGAUCUCGCGGCUGGGAGCCAAGAGUAACAAAUCCUUGGGUGGAACUGGCGACCGCGACAAUGCAAGAUCAUCGAAUAAAGUGUCGUCUGCACGGUCUCGUCCCAGCUAUGCAGCACGUCCGGCAGCUGCCCAGAACGGGAAGGUGGACCACUCCAUACCAGUGCAGGAGGGCAAGGAUGAUGGAAAGAAACUCGGGGGACGGCGGAAGUCCAACUGUGUGAAGGAGGUGGAGAUGAUACAGAAGCGGAGAGAAGACAGACGAGCAGCACAGCAGGCAAUCAAGGAGGUCAACGAGAAGAAUUACGACACUUCGGACCCAAACUGGGCUUUUAAUGCAAUGAUCAAUAACUAUCGAGGUAACCUUGAGUAUCGACCAAUCACAUCUUCUGACCCCAUUGAGAGCCACCAAAUCAGUGUAUGUGUCAGGAAGCGACCUCUAACGAAGAAAGAGACGGCGAGGAAGGAGGUGGAUGUCGUCACCAUUCCAAACAAGGAGAACACCAUCGUCCAUGAACCAAAGCUCAAGGUGGACCUCACCAAGUACCUGGAAAACCAGUCAUUCCGAUUUGACUACGCCUUCGAUGAUUCAGUCACCAACGAAAUGGUCUACAGGUACACAGCCAAGCCCCUGGUGGAGUGUAUAUUUGAGGGAGGGAUGGCUACUUGUUUUGCGUAUGGGCAGACAGGCAGUGGAAAAACACAUACAAUGGGAGGAGAUUUUUCUGCAAAAGGACAGCAGGACUGCUCAAAAGGAAUAUAUCUCUUAGCAGCCAAAGACGUUUUCAAACUUAUUCACUCCAAAUUCAAGAAACUUGAUCUGACUGUUGGGUCGAGCUUCUUUGAAAUAUACAGUGGGAAGGUCUUUGACCUUCUAAACAAGAAGUUAAAAUUGCGAGUUCUUGAGGACCACAAACAGCAGGUACAGGUGGUGGGCCUGAAAGAGGAGGUGGUCCAGAGUACGGAGGAGGUGCUUCAGCUCAUCCAGCAUGGGAACAAUGUCAGAACAUCGGGUACGACUUCUGCAAACCAGCACUCUUCUCGAUCACAUGCAGUUUUUCAGAUUAUUCUCAGGAAAAGGAAUAACAACAAGCUAUUCGGAAAGUUCUCAUUGAUAGAUUUGGCGGGAAAUGAACGAGGUGCUGACACGUCAAGUUCUGACAGACAGACAAGAAUGGAAGGAGCUGAGAUUAACAAGAGUCUACUGGCUCUCAAGGAAUGUAUCCGAGCCCUGGGGAAGAAGGGGACUCACUUACCUUUCCGGGCCAGCAAGCUGACCCAAGUACUGCGAGAUUCUUUUAUAGGGGAGAAGUCAAGGACGUGCAUGAUAACAGUGAAGGAGCUGGGCCCAGGGGGUCCUGUGGAGGGGAAACCUGCCGAGGUGGCGCAGUCAGACAACCUGGCCAUUGGCUCCAUGUCUCCACAGAACAGUGACCUGGCCCUACUCAAGACCUCCAAUCAAGAGGAGGUGUCAGAGGAGCUGCUCAACUUCCACCAGGUUGUCAACAAGAUGCAGGAGCAAGAGGAAGAGGUCCUAGAUGAGCAUCGCAAUGUUGUAGAGGUCUCCAUGAAGUGGCUGACUGAAGACAAGAAGCUGGUGAAGCUGACUGAUGAAGUAGACUAUGAUGUGGAAGCAUAUGCCAAGCAACUGGACAUGCUCUUGGCAAAGAAGAUUCAAGCUCUCACUGAUCUUAGAGAAAAAGUGUCAACUUUCCGCCGAGAAAUGCAAGAAGAGGAGAGUCUCAGUAAAAACAUCAAGAGCAAGAACAAGCGCAAGUAACCACCCAUCUUGCUCCUCCCCACGACUUCUUAUGCAUAUGUUGGCAUCAGCGGACCAUGACAGUGAUGUGUCUAUGUGUUGAAACCUAUUUGGUGCAGACUGGAAGUACUUCCUCUCAGAGGCUGUCCAACCACAGGCGGCCUUUCUAAUGUGAGACACUCACUGUGAUACAGGAGAAGCCACUAUUGGUGACUAUCUUGAUGCAAGUGUUUAUUGAGCCUGCUGAAGAAGAUAUGAUCAACUUAUUGUAUGCUGUGAUAAUUUAUUAUUAUUUCGUCCGUGUUUCUGCUGCUGGAUGUAGGUUGGCACAGCUGUAUUUCGAAGUCUUGUUAUGUUUGUGUCGCCACGGUGUUGCAUCUGGUGGGUGGGACUUAUGUACAUUUCAUGCGACUUAUGUACAUCUCACAUAGCUUGCGUAUGUUUCACAUGCCAGGUGUACAUUUCACAAAGCAUGCGUUUGUUUCACAUGUCAUGUGUGUACAUUUCAUACAGCUUGUGUAUGUUUCACAUGCCAGGUGUACAUUUCACAAAGCAUGCGUUGUUUCACAUGUCAUGUGUACAUUUUAUACAGCUUGUGUAGGUUUCACAUGCCAGGUGUACAUUUUGCAUAGGUUGUGUAUGAUUCAGAUACCAUUUGUACAUUUCACAUGACCUCACUUAUAACAUGAGUUAGGCCUUGGCUAUCUAACUUGACUUAUAGGCCACCUCCAUGACAUGGUUGAAGAAUAUGUCGCAGCAUUGUUUACUGUUCCUAGUCAGUGAGUUCUGGAUGUAUAAACAAUGGGCAGAAGAUUGAGCAGUUUGAUCUUAGGUGAUGUCAAAUGAGACAGCCCUGUACAGUAAACUAGCUUGAAAUAUUUUGUAAAUUGAUUUUAAAUGUUAUCCUUGCACCAUGCAUAAUUUAAGGAUUCAUUUAUGUAAUUUGGGACUUGUUUUAACAAUCUAAUAGUUGAAAAAUUCAAAAAAAUUCUAGACAACACAACGAAGGAGUUUCCAAAUCCACCCCUAUAUUGGAUGAGAUCUCCAAGCCCACAUGAAGAACUACUUAACGUAUCGCAUGUCAAAGAAUGUUUGGAAACAUGCAUGAAGUGUGAGAAAUCUGUUUGAUAUGCAUUAACAUGGGGGAAACAUCGUUUGUGUCAUUAUUAUAAGAGAACCAUGUUUACGAAGAAGGUCCCACUUUCAGGACCGACAUCAUCCAGAUGCAACACUGUGAACAGUCUUCAUUCUGUUUAGCAGCAGUUAUUGCCUCACAGAUCCACACCCAGCUCCGUGAAAACAUUGCCACUUGCCUUAAUGCUUUCAGCCACUCGUUUAGAUGUGAGCUACACAGGCCAUACUUGUCACUCUCAUACCAAACAGGUAGUGCUGAUGUGAAUUGGCAUAGCUAUUUUAUUCAUUGCCAUGAGAUCCACACAGUUUAGUUUCUCUGGUGAUGAAGGUUACGAUUGUCUGAAAAUUAUUUUAAGUUAAGUGUGGUCUGAAGUUUUAUUCAGAUAUAUUUCUGCCUGUUUUAAUAUGAUGAAUUUGUGAUGGACAACUUCAGGCAGGCUAACCUGUGGAUUGCUGUGUGAAAUAGAUGUGCUUUGUAUAGAAGUCUGUACAGAACAAUGUGUAUGUAUAGAAUCUCCUAUUAAUCUAAGAUAAUCUAUAUUCUAUCUCCAACUGUCUAUACAUGGUUACUGUUGUCCAAUCAGUCAUGAAGCUUCACUGUAACAUACAAGCCAGGACUUGGCUUUCAUUGCUAUAUUCACUUAUCAUAUGGGAAGGAUUUUGUCAUCCCUUCGUUGCAAGAACUAGACUUUGUCAUUCUUUGUUUGCAAAGGGUAGGCAUUGUCAUUCUUGGUGUGGAACAGCUAGAUAACGUCAUUCAUUGCCACAAGGGCAUACUAAGCAUGCUGAGCCUUGUCAUUCUUUGAUUGCUAGAGGUGGGCCUUGUCUUCAUUUGAUUGCAAGAACUGGGCCUUGUCCUCCCUUAAUUGCAAGAGAUGGGCCAUGUCCUCAUUUGAUUGCAAGAACUGGGCCUUGUCCUCCCUUGAUUGCAAUAGAUGGGCCUUGUCCUCAUUUGAUUGCAAGAACUGGGCCUUGUCCUCCCUUGAUUGCAAGAGAUGGGCCUUGUCCUCAUUUGAUUGCAAGAGCUGGACCUUGUCCUCCCUUGAUUGCAAGAGAUGGGCCUUGUCCUCAUUUGAUUGCAAGAGCUUGGCCUUGUCCUCAUUUGAUUGCAAGAGGUGGGACUUGUCCUCAUUUUAUUGCAAGAGGUGGGACUUGUCCUCCCUUUAUUGCAAGAGGUGGGCUUUGCCCUCUUUUGAUUGCAAGAGCUUGGUCUUGUCCUCCCAGGAUUGUAAGAUCUACAUAUGCCUUGUCAUAGAUUGUCAUUGGUGCUUUCUUGUCAUAGAUUGAUUGGACAUUUCAGUUCCUUGAUUACAUUAGAUAAACCUUGUUUCACUUUGACUGUUGGAUAAACCUUGUCACAUGUCAUUAUGUGUUCAUUACAUUAGAUUGACAGUGAUGUCCACACAAGAGCUAAUCGUUAAUUGUGUCAUGUGAAUGUUGCAAACAUCUCUUCACGGCAUAGCUGAUGAUAGCACCACCCCCUUUAUACGGUGACUGGAAUACGGCCAUUCUGGGAUUUCCUUUUCAGGAAAAAAAUCACCUGUUGUACCCAUUCCUUGAUAAUAAAUGGGCAUCCUAUAUCUGUCUGAAUCUGACAACUUUCUGAAGAUUGUACCUGUGAUUAUAUACAUUUCGAUUUACUCUUAUUUGUAUAUGAUUUUGUUACUCGUUUUGUAACUAGUGUACACUGUAAUAUUAAAGAACAUUUUAUUUGAAAGGAAAACAUUACAGCAAUACAUUUAAGUUGUCUAGUUUGGAAAUGUAUGAAGUUGAUCAUAUUGUGUACUGUUUGUAUGUUCACUAUAGCAUGAGCAUCUACCCUUGGUAUAAAUACACAUUAAUGGAUGUUUCAGUUGGUUGUGCAGAUGGUCUGAGUUUGAAUCCCAUUGUGGAAACUUAGUUCAAGGAUCAUUUCUGUAUCUGUCUGUUUAAUCUCAUGAUUGUGUAUGACAUACUAACGAAGACAGACCUAUGUGAUUUCUUUAUUCACAUAUGUGGGGUAGCCUAGUGGUUGAAGUGUUUGCUCGUCACACUGAAGGCCUGGGUUCGAUUCCCCACAUGGAUACAAUGUGUGAAGCCCAUUUCUUGUGUCCCCCGCCAUGAUGUUGCUAGAAUAUUGCUAAAAGCGGCAUAAAACCAUACUCACUCACUCACUAUUCACACAUGUAUGAUGGUUAAUAUUUUUCUGUCUAAAGUCAAUUGUUCAGAUCGAUGCUCAUGCUGUUGAUCACUGGAUUGUCUGGUCCAGACUCGAUUAUUUAUAGACCGCCGCCAUAUAGCUGGAAUAUUGCUGGCGUAAAACUAAACUCACUCACUCACUUCUGUCUAAAGUGGCAGGUAAGGGACAAAAAGUAACAAACACAAAAGCCUCUUUAUGUAUACAUGUUGAAACAUCAGUAUUUUGAUAACAACUACUGUUUUAUUUUUUUGCAAAUUCAUGAGAGGUGUCCAUGAAACAAGAAAUUAUAUCGGUCUGGCACAACAAUUGCAUGAACUGGUUUCUACUUUUCCUGUUUACCUUCUUGAUUGUCUGAACCUGUCCUGUCAUGUAUGGAAUUCUACUCUGUCAAUACUUCCUUUCCUUUCUCUGAACAUACUGUAUAGUCGAAUAUGACACCUGUAAAAUUGUACAUACUGUAUAACCAAGAAGUAACUGCUCACAAUUUGUGAUGGCCGGUUUGACUGACGUCCAGGUCGGUAGAUCUGCAUGGCUAGCUUCAAUGUAUAGGCACUGUGUACAUGUGUAAUUAUGUAUGAAUGUAAGAUAUAUAUACAUCCCUCCUGAAAUAGACGACUACUUAACAUGCCGUCGGAUGUGACAUUACCCAUGUCGACGGUUUGUAGCCACGUGUCUAUGGACAGUUUGCUGCAUUGCUCUGUGAAUAAUGAUUUUUCUAUUGGUUUUGUGUUCUGUUACAUUUAUGUUUUGGCAUUUUGUAAUGUUAAACUUAUUGAAAGCUUAUGUCUGUGAUGCCAUCUCUAGCAUUAAGGCUUCUGGUCAUCUUCAUCAAAGACAGCUUGAUUAGUAUUUAGCAGAGAUAUAUAUUGACAUUUGAACAGAUAGAAAUUGACACUAAUAAAAUCAUUGAGCUUUUUCA